AUGUCCAACAUCUACAAUCAUCGAAGCUUGGUGCCAGCGGCUACCGGUGGACCACCUGCAGCAGCUCCGCCCAGCGCAUCCACCGCCAGAUUGAACGACUUGCUGGAUUUCGUCAAGCACGAGUUUGAAGUGAUUGGGAAUGAUGCGACGCAAUUCAAGAAUCAGCGCGACGAAUUUGAACACAGGCGUGAGUGCUCUGAGCAAAAGUGGUGCACGGUGACGACGAAGGGCUGUGCUCUGGAUUCAGGAGAUGCAGCGUACGCUACCCGGCGCUGACUAUCCAUGCACACAUUCCCCCUCUUAGUAUCUGCACAAAUUUCUGAGGUGCAAGUCAUGCAGCAACACAUAAUGGAUCUCGAAAACAGGCACAGCUCCAUGGCACAGCAGUAAGUGCUGGCUGACACUCUCGAUGGCGUUCACCGACUCACCUCAAGCUUCCCCUCUGCGGCUCGCCUCGGCAGGUAUGAGGAGGAGAUCAAGAGGUUGCGCGCGCUGCUGGAUGCGCGAGGAGGGGCGCCUGACGGAUCCGGACCCCUACCCGCAGGCGGCGAGAGGGGCGGACCUCCUCCUGCGCCUGUUGGAGGUGCUGGCGGGCCGCCGCCGCAUCUUCCUACUGCCCCUCCUUCUGGUCCUGCUAGCAUCGCACCGCCUCCAGCAGGCGCAUCCUAUGGCAAAGGUGAGCAAUGAAGAUCACUCUCGAGGCUGAACCUUUUCCGACCUCUGACUCUCGACCCUCGGUUGUACCGACGUCUUGCAGGUAGCUCAGCGCCAUCGCCUUAUCACCCUGGGCCUCCAUCACACAUGCCCUCGGGCGCGUAUCCGCCUUCGCGAGACGCGCAAAGUCCCGGCCCGGGUCCAGCUGCUGGCAACGCCAGUCUCGCAAACCUGAGCGAGAUGGAUCCCGAUGAGAUUCCCAAGGACCUCAAAAAGGAAGGCAGCGAUUGGAUGGCCAUCUUCAAUCCCAAAGUGAAGCGUAUGCUGGAUGUGAAUCUAGUACACACGCUCAUGCACGAAAGGUGAGUGACGAUAAAGCGCGAUCCACUACUGCCCUUCGGUCUGCUCACGUUGACAAUCCCCGAUUCGUUCUUGACGAACGGCAGCGUUGUAUGCUGCGUUCGCUUCUCGCCUGAUGGAAAGUAUUUGGCGACUGGUUGCAACCGCAGCGCUCAGAUCUACGACACCAAGACUGGUGCCAAGACUUGCGUCCUGACGGAGCAGACGAACAAACGGGGCGACUUGUACAUUCGCUCGGUGUGCUUCUCUCCGGAUGGUCAAUUCUUGGCGACUGGAGCAGAAGAUCGGCAGAUCAGGAUAUGGGACAUUGCAAAGAAGAAGGUGAAGCACGUCUUUGCGGGGCAUAAGCAAGAAAUCUACAGCCUCGACUUUAGCAGGGACGGACGAAUCAUUGCCAGUGGAUCCGGAGACAAGAGCGUGCGCAUUUGGGACGUGGGAAGCGGGAAGUGCCUGCACGUGCUGUACACGAGCCCCAACUUGGAGCACGGUCCCAGCGAGGCGGGCGUGACGAGCGUCAGCAUCAGUGCAGACAACCGGCUCGUAGCCGCUGGAGCGCUCGACACGCUGGUCAGGGUGUGGGACGCCAAGACGGGCCAACAGCUAGAGAAGCUCAAGGGACACAAGGAUAGCAUUUACAGUGUUGCUUUCGCACCCGAUGGCAAGAGCUUGGUCAGCGGCUCUUUGGAUAGGACACUCAAGAUUUGGGACCUCACUGCUACUGCAAGGGCUGUGGAGAGCCACUCUACAGACGAUGAAGAUCGCACUUCGAAGGCCACCUGCGCAUCCACUUUGCUCGGUCACAAGGUACGUCUCCAGGCGCUGCAUUUAGCGCUGCUGCAGAUGCUGAUGAUCGCUCGCUCGCUCGCGUCGACCCGCCCGAACCUUGCAGGACUAUGUUCUCUCCGUGUCAUGCUCUCCAGACGGCCACUGGGUCGCAUCCGGCUCCAAAGACCGUGGCGUGCAAUUCUGGGAUCCCAGAUCCGGCCAAGCGCAGUUUGUGCUAUCUGGUCACAAGAACAGCGUCAUUGCCAUCAACUUGUCGCCGGCUGGCAACCUGCUAGCUACGGGCAGCGGCGAUUUCAACGCGAGGAUUUGGGCUUACGAUAGGGUUUCGGAGUGA